AUGCUAUCCCAGCGUAACCUGUUUACCCAUCCGUUUUUUUACCACAAAGAUCAACAUGGCGAAAUCAUCAAAGAAAGUAAAGGAAAAAAAGACGACUCUCGAUGGAAGAGAUUCCGUACCAAGGAAGACAACGGCGAAAAAAGCAAAGUAUAUGAAUAAGCAGCGUGUACUUGUCUUCUGUGCACGUGGAAUCACCUUCAGAGCACGUCAUUUGAUGAAUGAUCUUCAAACAUUAAUGCCUCAUUCCAAAUCAGAUUCAAAACUGGAUAGAAAAGACAAAUUGUUUGUGAUAAAUGAGGUGUGUGAAAUGAAGAACUGUAAUAAAUGUAUAUUUUUUGAAAUGCGAAAGAAAUCAGAUUUAUUUAUGUGGAUUUCAUGCACUCCUCAUGGUCCAUCUGCUAAAUUUCUUGUUGAAAAUGUUCAUACAAUGGAUGAAUUGAAACACGGAAAUUGUUUGAAAGGGUCAAGGCCAAUAUUAUCAUUUGAUAAGAUGUUUGAUGACAGUCCACAUCAUUUACUUUUAAAAGAAAUGUUUGUGCAGAUAUUUGGAACGCCAAAUCUCCAUCCAAAGAGCAAACCAUUUUUUGAUCAUGUGAUGUGCUUUGCCAUUGAUGAUAACAGAAUUUGGUUUCGUCAUUAUCAGAUUAUUCAAGAUGGAUCUCUUCUAGAAAUAGGUCCCAGGUUUGUGAUGAAUCUUGUUCGUAUAUUCGGAGGCAGUUUCGGUGGUGCAACUCUUUACGAAAAUCCUCAUUACGUUUCUCCAAAUGAACAUCGUCGUAAGUUACGCAUCGACGCCGGUCAGCGUUAUCGUAUGAAAACUAUGGCAAAAAAUGCAUUAAGUGAAAAACGGAAAUUAAUGAAGGAUGUACCUCAAGACGAUGUGGAAGAUGUUUUUAAUACGGUUACACAACAAGAGCUUGAUUUGACUAAAAACAUCACCUGAGAUUAUUGAGUGAAAACAUCGUACACCCAUGCUUCACUAAUGCUGUGCUAAUGUGUCAACGAAUCUUGGUGAUUAAUUUUAAUAUAAUGCAAACGAUACAUCUAAUUAUGAAAACACCGGGCUAAACUUAUGAUGCUGUAUCCAGCUGCGUUACUACAGCCGCUUGAAGAAAAAAGGACAGAGCAUUUAUCAUAUCACUAGCUAUAUUUGUAUCAUACGGUCUAAAAUAUGUUUAAUACCGUCGAGGUUCAUCGAAAACUUUCGAAUUUAACAUUUUGUACUAAGCCUAAAUGUUCAAUUGAUUCUUUUUUGACUUUUACGGUCGAUUUCUUGUCCCAAAAAUUUUUUCCAAACGGAUGAUGUUAUUUUAAAAAAUAUGUAUAAUCUUCGUGUAGUUUUUUAAUCCAUCAGUCAUAAGGUUGUUUACUUUAUGCUAAGGGAAACUCAUGCCAUACAUCUGACUUUUAGUGAGGCAAUAGAAAUAUCAUCAUGUGAGAAAAAUAGUUUCAAAAUGUUA